AUGUCUGAGAAGAAGGGAAGGAAAGAGGAAGUGGUGACCAGAGAGUACACCAUCAACCUCCACAGACGCCUCCACAGCUGUACCUUUAAGAAGAAGGCACCAAAGGCCAUUAAGGAGAUCAGGAAGUUCGCAGAGAAAGCCAUGGGGACGAAGGACGUUAGGGUAGACGUGAAGUUGAACAAGCAGAUAUGGAGCAGAGGAAUCAGAGGUCCUCCAAGGAGGAUUAGGGUCCGUGUUGCUCGUAAGAGAAACGACGACGAAGACGCAAAGGAAGAGUUUUUCUCACUUGUCACUGUUGCUGAGAUCCCUGCUGAAGGACUCAGUGGACUUGGCACUAAGGUCAUCGACGAGGAGGAUUGA